UUUGCAAACUCCGCCCCGCUCGCGCCGCCUCCAAGCGGACCGCAAUGAUUUAGAAGUUCAGGAAUCCCACGUGACGUCACCCGGGGGUGACGUUAUGCUUCUCUAAAUAGAUCGUAUUGUAAUCUUUUCUCAGUCCAACGUGGUUUCUUCUGAGAGACUGCUUCACAUUUUCUACACUUGUUUGGUAAGUUGAAAACCUCACGCCACCAUGCAGAGGACCGUGCACGCGCCCCUGCAGUUUUAUGAGAAGGUGGCCAGAGUGAUGAACUCAGACCAGGAAAGGCCGUUCGUGUGCAACGCUCCUGGCUGUUCUCAGCGAUUCCCCACGGAGGACCAUCUGAUGAUACAUCGACACAAACAUGAGAUGACCCUUAAGUUCCCCUCCAUAAAGAACGACAACAUGUUAUCAGACCAGACACCCACGCCAACACGCUUCUUGAAGAACUGUGAGGAGGUGGGGUUGUUCAGUGAACUGGACUGCUCCAUUGAGCAGGAGUUUUGCAAGGCCCAGGAAGAAGAGGACAGUAAACAGAACAUCUCACUGCACGGCCAGGCAGGCCAAGGCCAGCACCAGCAGUCCCACUCACGGAUGGGCAACCAUGAUACCAGCAUAGUGAUCCAGCAGGCCCUGCCCUCUCCUCAGUCCAGCUCCGUCAUCACUCAGGCUCCAUCCACCAACAGACAGAUAGGGCCUGUCCCCGGCUCUCUGUCCUCACUGCUGCACCUACGAAACAGACAGAGACAGCCUCUGCCUGCCUCCAUGCCUGGAACUCUGCCAGACCCGACCAUGCCCGGCUCCUCUGCUGUGCUGAUGCCUAUGGAGAGACAAAUGUCCAUGGGCUCCAAUAUGAUGGGUAUGCAAGGACCCACCCACAGCAGCUCCUGCUCUUCCACUCACAUUCCCUCCAUGCACUCAGAAGCCAAACUGAGGCUGAAGGCUGCACUUUCACACCACCCGGGUGCCAUCGCCAACGGCAACAUGAACUCCAUGGGCCACAUGAUGGAGAUGAUGUCAUCGCGGCAGGAGCAGGGCGCCCACCAUCACAUGCACUCGCACCCGCACCAGCACCUGCAAGCCCCUCCCCACGCGUACCAGCACCACGGCCACCACCACCACAGCCAGGGCCACGGCCAGGGUGGACACCACCACCCACAGGGACACAACCCCCAUCACAACUCCCACAAUCCUCACCUCCAUCCUGGGCACCCACACCAGACCUCACCGCACCCUCCAAUGCACUCUGCUUCACAUAUGUCGCCUGCCACCCAGCAAAUGCAGCCCACGCAGACGAUGCAGUCUCCGCCACCCAGUGGCGGACGGCGCAGGCGAGUAGUGGACGAGGAUCCGGAUGAACGCCGGCGGAAGUUUCUGGAGCGGAAUAGAGCGGCAGCAACAAGAUGCAGACAGAAGAGAAAAGUCUGGGUGAUGUCAUUAGAGAAGAAAGCAGAAGAGCUCACUCAGACCAACAUGCAGCUUCAGAAUGAAGUGACCAUGCUAAAGAACGAGGUGACCCAACUCAAGCAGCUUCUCCUCACACACAAGGACUGUCCCAUCACCACUAUGCAGAAAGAGUCCCAAGGUUACCUCAGUCCAGACAGCAGUCCGGCGGGCAGUCCAGCGCCAGCAUGCUCCCAGCAGCAGGUCAUUCAGCACAACACCAUCACCACCUCCACCACAACCGUAGGGGGCAGCAGUGUGCACGGGCAAACCAAUCACCGCACAGACAUUAACCCCAUCCACUAGGGACAAGAGAGACUAUAACCCCAGCCCAAACUCCCCCUACUACCCCUGCUUUCUGAGGGUCGCCAGCUGCACAUGCUGACCCCCCUCUCCCUCCAUCAUGAAAAACCUCAAAGGCCUGUGAGGCUGCUCUUUAUACAGUAGCUACAGUAUGUAUUUUUAUAGACCAACCCUAUUAACGCAUAAAUGUUCUAUGGUUUGUUCUUCUUUCUUUUCUUUUUUUUUAAAAAAAAAACAAAACUGUUUUAUCUUUGCUUUUAGUGAAAAUGGAGUUUUUGCUAAUCUCAUGCAGCAUUUAAGUGACUUUUUCUGUUGUGUAAUGGUACAAAAUGGACCAUGAUGGUCAUGGAACCAGAGGACAGUGAAAAAAGCCUCAGACUGUCAUCUCUUUUAGCAGACCUUACAUCUCUGUAUGCCUAAUGGACUGAAAAAUGAGUCACAUCAUUCUCUGAAUAUCGCAUGUGGGCAGUGUGUUGAGUGCAUGCAACAGGCACUAAGUGAUUGGGAUGUUGCUGCCUUUAAGUUUGAACGUCAAACUGUCACUAUGAUGUCUUGAAGACAGGAAUAUGCAAGCAGGCGUAAUGAUCCGUGUGUGACUGUUAACCUUGUUCCCUGUCAGCGGUAUUCUUAAAGUGUGUCAUAAAAUACAGCACGGCAGUGAAAACAUGAUCAAAUGGAAGCAAUACAUCGCAGUAUUGAUCAUCUUCUCUACUGUAUGUCCACACUGUGACCAGCACGGCCAAGCCACUCUGGUCCCAAGGACAUACGGUGCUGUUACAGCCACAGAACUGUACACUGUGAUACCAGUGAGGCAGCUCGGGAGUUGAAACAAACUCCUCCGCUCUCCAGGACCAACUGAAGCUUUAAUUAUUGAGGCCUCUUUUUUUGUGUGUUUGUGCAUCUGGAUUUUAGGAUCCAUAGUUUUGAGUAUGCGUGUGACUUAUGUAUAUUAUGUUUUUUUCCCUUCUUUCCUCUGCAGAACAAAGUUCAGCAGGUGUGUAAAGAAAGCAAAACAAAAAAAGUGUGUGAGAAAGUGACAAUGAGCAUCAUUUAUUUUUAUUUUUUGUUGUUGACUGGCAUCACAGAACUGGCAAAGUGUUUUAAAGAGGAGCAGUUUACGCUUGUGCUUUCCAAAAUGUCACAAUGUGCCUGAAUAUUUCCUAAAAAUAUCUUACGUUGGCUUUCUGUACACAGCAACUCUUUGUCUUCAAACAAUCAAAACCAUCGUCAGUGUAUUAUUAAUGAUUUUUCUCUGUUGUUUUGUCAUGGAUGUGUCUGCUGCAUGUAAGCGCUAAACCAGCUGACCAAGGAGAAAAACACCCGCUUUCCAUUUGACCUCUGACCUCUUCAUCAGUUUCUCUUCUUCUCUUUCUCAGGCCUCCUCUGCAGAGCGAUGGAUGUACUAAUAGUGACCUUGUUUUUUUAAUCUCCCUUCCAGCCUUGAAACUUCACCUCUUUCUCAUAUUGACCAUGACUCCUCUUUCCUUCUUUUCCUAUGACCAGGAAUGUCGACUCAUUAGCAUGAUGACCAUAAUGCACUGUGUUUUACAGUAGGAUGGAUGAAAUACAUUCCACUGACAGGUGGAGCGAUCGCAGAGCUGUCUAUGCACUUUGUCCUCUGUCGUGCCAGAGGGUAGAAUAGCCAUAUUAAGGUCCGAGUAAUUCUCAGUGAUCCCCCCCCACCCCCUUAUUCACACACCAGCGAGAAACUUAACUGUGUUUGGCUUUAUGGAGAGACUGUGCCUGGCAUGCAUCACAUGUCUGUAGAUAAAAGAAGGGAACCUAGAGCUCUUGUAGUAGGAUGAGGCUCAGUUAAGGACCCUGCACCGUUAAGAUGGUGCCCUUUUUAUUCUGGAAAAUUAAGAUGAAGGAUGUGAACUGAAGAUCUUUAUCCCCAUAAUAAGUUCAAGUUUUGUCGAGGCAUUCAGACUGUUUGUGUCACGUGUUAACCCUGGAGACUGUGUGCAGUUUGAUACGUGUGUCAGUGAGAUGGAGAAGUUGAUUCUCUUGAAAAGGGCUUUGUCGUACCAUCCCUUUGAACUGAAGCUUGCCUUAUUUUAGGUUGUUUUUGAAACCAUAUUUAGAUUGUUAGACCAUUCCAAAUUAACCUCUUGCAUGUGAACAUUAUGGCAAUGACUUCAAAAUACUUUCAACUGGAAUCAUUUGGAGGAUGUUGCUGUUUUAAAGUUGGAUACGAGAGUCUCUAGUUUCAUUUUUGACAGUGGAUCCAGGUUCAGAAAAAGACAUUUGUUACUGCCAAGGGAAACGAAAUAAAAAAAAAAACAGGACAGAUGGAAGUGCAGUGUGAGUACGUCUGUGUGGAUCUGUGCGAGGUGGAGAACAAUUCCUACGUAUUAAUGAUGUUAUAAUUGUAUUAUUUUAAAUCUAAAACUAUAAAUAUUGUACAUAAUGUCAUUAAUUUCUGUAACCCUGUACAUGUAAUGCAACCACCUUUCUUUUUGAAGGGAGUAAACGUGUGGUACAUGUUUGUAAAUAAUUCGCAUAGCACUUGUUGCCUUUGUUGUACGUCGAGGCUCAUUUCAGCGCUUAAAUACAUUGUUUAUAUGUAAUGAACUGAUGAAUCCAUUCUUGCCUGCAUAACUUUGUACAUUUUCUUUGUGCCUGUAAUGACAUUGUCUCCGUUUUGUUUUUGUUUUUGCAUUUGUACAGAUGUUAAAGUAUCACUGCAGUUACAUUACGGUAUGAAAAUAAAGCACUUGUU